ACAAGAUUCUACCCUUUAAUCUCAAUUGGCAAUGACAUUUAAUUUUGACCUAAAAAAGGCAAACACCAAUCGCCAUUGCCGCCCCCCUCCGUAACUUUCCUCCCCAAGUCCUCAUCACUGUGCUGGUCGACAUGUGAGUCUUCGAAGCUUCCCAAAUCGCAGCUGCCGAGAUCGCGCCACGUGUCAGAUCUGGUCCACACAAAAAUCCAUUUUUUCCAAUUUUUAAUUCCGAAUUUCAGUUACUGCCUCACUGAGACUUGAGAAAACUGCUUUGCGUGUUCUUCUUCCUGUUCAUGAAAUUGGAAAAGGAGGAAAAAAAAUUAAUAAUUUAAUUGAAGUCUCGCUGGCGACUGGCAUCGGUGCCUAUAUAUUGGCCUCCUUUUCAUGCUUUUGUUGCGGUGCCAACCAAAAGGUUCACGCUUUUGCACAACCCACAACUUCUCUCUCUCCUCUGAAUCUUCCUCUGCCUUGCCUACUUCGCUGUCGUAUUGACAGCCCUGAAUCGUUCAUGGCCAAGACCAUACUGGUCACCGGCGGGGCCGGUUACAUCGGCAGCCACACCGUGCUUCAGCUUCUGCUCGGCGGCUUUAAGACCGUCGUCGUUGAUAACCUUGAUAACUCCUCCGAAGUCGCCGUCGACCGUGUCAGAGAACUCGCGCGUGAAUUCGGCAAAAACCUCUCCUUUCACAAGGUGGACCUCCGGGACAAACCAGCACUGGAUAAACUCUUUUCUUCAAUAACAUUUGAUGCUGUCAUACACUUUGCUGGACUCAAAGCAGUUGGUGAAAGUGUGCAGAAACCAUUGCUGUAUUAUAACAACAAUUUAAUCGGGACCAUUACUCUGUUGGAAGUAAUGGCUGCCCAUGGGUGCAAAAAGCUUGUGUUCUCAUCGUCAGCAACUGUUUAUGGUUGGCCGAAGGUGGUCCCAUGUACAGAAGAUUUCCCACUUGUUGCAGCGAAUCCAUAUGGACGAACUAAGCUUUUCAUUGAAGAAAUUGCUCGUGAUAUUUACCGCUCAGACUCUGAUUGGAAAAUCAUAUUGCUGAGAUACUUCAAUCCAGUUGGUGCACAUCCUAGCGGUCAUAUUGGUGAGGAUCCCCGUGGUAUCCCAAACAAUCUCAUGCCGUUUGUGCAGCAAGUUGCUGUUGGCAGGCGUCAAGCCCUGACGGUGUUUGGAACUGACUAUAAUACCAAGGAUGGUACUGGGGUUCGUGAUUAUAUUCAUGUAGUUGAUUUAGCAGAUGGGCACAUUGCUGCCUUGCACAAGUUAGAUGAGGAUAAGAUAGGUUGCGAGGUGUACAAUUUAGGAACAGGUAAAGGAACAUCGGUCUUGGAGAUGGUUGCAGCAUUUGAAAGUGCAUCUGGAAAGAAAAUUCCUCUUGUCACAUCUGGGAGGCGUCCCGGUGAUGCAGAAGUUGUCUAUGCAUCAACAGAAAAGGCAGAGAGGGAACUCAACUGGAAGGCGCAAUAUAGCAUUGAUGACAUGUGCCGGGACCAGUGGAACUGGGCUAGCAAAAAUCCAUUUGGCUAUGAUACCUCAGAUUCUACCACCUGAAAGCUGAUAGUUUGAUAUGCUUUAUAUUUUAGUUUAGUGUUUAUCAACAGUGGAACUAGACUAGCAAAAAAACCUUUUAGCUUAUGGACAUGCAGACUGAAAAGCUGAUAGUUUCAUAUGCUUUAUAUUUAGGUUUAGUGGUCAACUCUCACCCUCGGUGUAAAGCUUUUAGUGGCCUAGCAGAGAUUAGGUCUUCCUCCUGAGUUUUGUUGGCAGAUUUUAAGCUGUUAGUCAUUGUGGUGUUGUGAUUCUGGCCAAUUAAUGUCAUCUUUUCAUCUUUACUUAAAAUCAAAGUUUUAGUAGUACAGUUCUAACCAAUUGCUGUUACUUGUGCUAUCCUACAUGUACUUUGAAUCAUAAGAUUAUGAGAUCAGAUUGCUUUUGCUGUUUUA